AUGCAAAAUCAAGAAUUAGAUCAAUAUCAAGAUGAAUUAUCACAUUUAAAACAACAUGGACAAACUAUGUGUGUUGAAGAUGAUAAUUCUAUGCCAUUACCAUCUGAAAUUCAUCUUCUUCAAUCAAUGAUUACCUUUCUAAAAAGAACAACUGAACGUUCUCAUGAUAUUUAUCUUAAUGAAUGUAAAUUAUAUGAAGAUAUAUUUAAUUUAACAAUGAAACGUCUUAGUCGUUCUAUUCAAGUUGCAUCUACAAGUGAUUAA